AGCGCAUCGAUAUCUACUGAACCGUUUCUUGAUGAGCAACAGUUUCAAGGAAAGGAUAUUACAACAACAUCGGAGCAUAAUCGUGUGAUUGAAAAAAUCUCGAAUAUAAAAUUUCAGCGAAUAACUGAAUCCUCUGUACAUAUUUUUUAUUAUCCAUGGUAUGGUAAUCCAGAGUUUGAUAAGAAAUUUUUUCAUUGGAAUCAUGCCUAUUUACCUCACUGGGACAAAGUUAUUGCAAAGAAAUUUAUUCAAGGUAUUCAUGUACCACCAGAGGAUAUCGGUUCAAAUUUUUAUCCUUUGUUGGGUCCUUACAGUAGCCGUGACCCCAGUGUUAUUGAACAACAUAUGAAGUGGAUUUCUUCUGCGAAUAUCAAUGUCUUGGUUGUAUCUUGGUACCCACAACAUUUGGCCGAUGUUAGAGGUCAUCCAUGGGACGAUAUUAUUCCAAUUCUCUUAGAUAUGGCAAAUAAAUAUAGCCUUAAGAUAACUUUCCAUAUGGAACCAUAUAAAAAUAGAACUGCCACUAAUUUACGGCGCGAUAUCGAAUACUUGUUGGAUUUUUAUGGCACGCAUGCUGCUUUCUAUAGAUAUUUUCGAAAAAAUGCAGAUGGAUCAUUGGCUGUUUUACCUCUUUUUUAUUUCUAUGAUUCAUAUUUGAUUGAAUUAACCGAGUGGCUUAAAGUAACAGCGAAAGAUGGAGAAUUAUCUGUAAGAGGAACCAACUAUGAUAUUCUUUUUAUUGGUUUGGUCGUUAAGUCCGAAGAUCGAUACUGGCUUAGCGAUGCUGGGUUUGACGGCAUGUACACAUAUUUUGCUACAGAAGGCUUCACAUUUGGAUCAACCGCAACAAAUUGGCCAUCACUGAAUGUCUUUUGCCGAAAAAAGAAUUUAAUAUUCAUACCAUCGGUAGGUCCCGGUUAUGAUGAUCGACGUGUACGUCCAUGGAAUAGUCAAAAUACCAGGAGCCGAUUAAAUGGUCAUUAUUAUUCAAAAAUGUUCAAAAUGGCAUAUAAUUCUGGAGCUGAUAUUAUUUCGAUUACUUCCUUUAACGAAUGGCAUGAGGGUACGCAAAUUGAACCAGCAAUACCAUUCACUGAUAGCAAUGCUGAAUUCACUUACAAUGUCUAUAAUCGUGGCCCUUAUCAGUAUUUGCAGCUUACUGCUAAUCUUGUAAAACAAUUUUUCACUGUCAACUCAUGA